UUCCUGGGGGGUUUCUUGCCUUCCCUCCGGUUUCGCUCCAGAGGCGAGGGCCCGAGGUCCGGGAGCGCCCCGGGGCUGUCGGCGCAGGGAGGCGGCGCUGCGCACUGCCGCGAUGAGGCUCCGGAAGGCGUGUCUGCUGGUCCUGCUCCUGGCGCUGGCGCAGCUGCUGGUCGCCGCGAGCGCCUGGGGGCCCGAUGAAGAUUCUUCUAAUAAGGAGGAUGCCAUUGAGGACGAAGAGGAAGAGGAGGAGGUGGAAGAGGAAGAGGAGGACGAUGACUUGGAAGUCAAGGAAGAAAAUGGGGUCCUGGUCCUGAAUGACGUGAACUUCGAUAACUUUGUGGCUGACAAAGACACGGUGCUGCUGGAGUUCUACGCUCCGUGGUGUGGACAUUGCAAGCAGUUUGCUCCGGAGUAUGAGAAAAUCGCCAGUGCCUUGAAGGAGAAUGACCCUCCCAUUCCUGUGGCCAAGAUCGAUGCGACCUCAGAGUCGGCGCUGGCCGGCAGGUUUGGGGUGAGUGGCUACCCCACCAUCAAGAUCCUUAAGAAGGGCCAGGCUGUGGACUACGAGGGCUCCAGGACUCAGGAAGAAAUUGUUGCCAAGGUCAAAGAGGUCUCCCAGCCCAACUGGACGCCUCCUCCGGAAGUCACACUGGUGCUGACCAAAGAGAACUUCGAUGAAGUGGUGGACGGGGCAGACAUCAUUCUGGUGGAGUUCUAUGCCCCAUGGUGCGGGCACUGCAAGAAGCUGGCCCCCGAGUACGGCAAGGCCGCCCAGGAGCUGAGCAAGCGCUCCCCGCCGAUCCCGCUGGCCAAGGUCGACGCCACUGUGGAGACAGACCUGGCCAAGAGGUUCGAUGUCUCUGGCUAUCCCACCCUGAAAAUCUUCCGCAAGGGAAAGCCUUUUGAUUACAACGGCCCACGGGAAAAAUACGGUAUCGUCGACUACAUGAUCGAGCAGUCCGGGCCACCCUCCAAGGAGAUCAUGUCCCUGAAGCAGGUCCAGGAGUUCCUGAAGGAUGGGGAUGACGUCAUCAUCAUUGGGGUCUUUAAAGCGGAGAGUGACCCAGCCUACCAGCAGUACCAGGAUGCUGCGAACAACCUGCGAGAAGAUUACAAAUUCCACCACACUUUCAGCACUGAAAUAGCAAAGUUCCUGAAAGUCUCCUCGGGGAAGUUGGUCGUAAUGCAGCCUGAGAAAUUCCAGUCCAAGUACGAGCCCCGGAGCCAUGUGAUGGACAUCCUGAGCUCCACGGAGGGGUCGGCCAUCAAGGACCACGUGCUGAAGCACACCUUGCCGCUGGUGGGGCACCGCAAGACCUCCAACGACGCCAAGCGGUACACGCGGCGCCCCCUGGUGGUCGUCUACUACAGCGUGGACUUCAGCUUCGAUUACAGAGCUGCCACCCAGUUUUGGCGGAACAAAGUCCUGGAGGUGGCCAAGGACUUCCCCGAGUACACCUUUGCCGUGGCUGAUGAGGAUGACUUCGCCACGGAGGUGAAGGACCUGGGGCUCAGUGAGAGCGGGGAGGACGUCAACGCCGCCAUCCUGGACGAGGGCGGGCGGAAGUUCGCCAUGGAGCCUGACGACUUUGACUCUGACACCCUCCGGGAGUUUGUCAGAGCUUUCAAAAAAGGGAAGCUGAAGCCAGUCGUCAAGUCCCAGCCGGUGCCCAAGAACAACAAGGGGCCUGUCAGAGUCGUGGUGGGGAAGACCUUCGACUCCAUUGUGAUGGACCCCAAGAAGGACGUCCUCAUCGAAUUCUACGCGCCCUGGUGCGGGCACUGCAGGCAGCUGGAGCCGGAGUACACCGCCCUCGGCAGGAAGUACAAGAACCACCAGAGCCUGGUCAUCGCCAAGAUGGACGCCACUGCCAACGACAUCCCCAACGACCGCUACAAAGUUGAGGGGUUCCCUACCAUCUACUUCGCCCCCAGCGGGGACAAAAAGAACCCAAUUAAAUUCGAGGAUGGAAACAGAGAUCUGGAACAUUUGAGCAAGUUUGUAGAAGAACAUGCCACAAAACUGAGCAGGACCAGGGACGACCUUUGAAGGCCUUGAGUUGAGGUCUGGUGGGCGGGAGGGACCAGACACUGGAGCCCCCAGCAGCCGGUGGCCAGAGCCCUCAGCGAGCCAUGCAGCUGGUGGCUUAACACAAGGGCAGGAUCUCUUUGGUUUUUAAUUUUUUUUUUUUUUUUUUUUUUUUUUAAUACUCUGGGGUUUCACCUCAUGCUCUGAAUACUGAAUAGGUAAGAAUGACUCCGUAGAUUAGCCCAGAUUUUUACAGAGGAUACAUCUAUUUUUACCAUUAUUUGGGGUGUGAUUGCUUUUUUUAACCUUCCGUUUUCUUUAAUAUAUUUCUUCAAAGCAGAUAAGUUGAAUCUCUUCUGUGUGAUUGGUUUUUUUUUUCUUUUAAUUUAAAAUUUAAGAAAACAUUUGCCAAA